CUAAGUGUAUGUGCUCCUGUAACGAAUGAAUUUCCCCACUGUGGGAUUAAUAAAGUCUAUUCGAUUCUAUUCUAAAUGAAGAAUUAAAACCACGGGUGUGUUUGUUUCAGACUGAUGAAAUCUCUCACAGAGCUUUCAUGAAGUUGACCGUUAGUAACCCACGUGACUCCUCCCAUUCUGCAACCCGCGGUCACGUUGCGUGAACCAGGAAGUUUCUGGAUGAAUCCAGUUUUUUUAGCUCCGCCCAUCCCAUCCUCGGCUGACUCAAGCGGCGGCGCCUUCGGUAUAAAGGCUCAGCGCAGUCGACCCGGCCGCGCAGCUCGACUCAUUCAUGGAUGCUACAGAGAGACAAGACUCGGGGCACGCGCCGGAGCUUCAGAGAGAAGAGUCAGGAUGGUUUACACAGCAGCUACGCCUUUCGGACACGGAGUGUCCUUGCUGUCUGAGGAAGACAUGAUCGGAAAGUAUUCCUUCCGACAAAAAGCCUCCCGAGAGAUGAGUUCGGUCCGGCGGGGGAGCGUCGACAGCUACGACGAGAGAGAAAACUGCUCCUCUUUCACCAACUUGGACCCCGGUCUGGAGGAUGAACAACGGCUCCUCCACCAGAAUGUGACCCAGCAGUUGGAGCGCUGCUUGACGGAGGCGAAGACCUCCACCCUCCUCUGCCAGGUGGUGCUGCUGCCCCGUCACCUGCUCACCAGGAUUGGCCAUCACAUCCUCUGUUCCUCAUCGGACGAGCCCUGUGGGCUCCGAGGGGCCUCCAUUGCACUCUACGUCGACGACAAAGAUGGCCUGAAGACUGUGGGGACUUUCUUUCCUGAUCCAAGUGUCACCCCGACCUUUGAACUUUCUGUGGUCCUCAAGGUGGACAAGGAGGACGGCUGGCCGUCUCUGAAACACAUCUUCAACAAGGUUCUGAAGCUGAGACCGGAGUACCGGCUGGUGAAGAGGAAGCUCUACUCUUCUGCCAGUCCUGUUGUUCAGGACUUCAGCGAGAAGUGAAGCGACGACUCAUUCUGGUUUUUCUAGUGUACAAGAAGUUGUCAUGCACUGUAAAUGCUCAGAUUUUUUUAUUCAUACAUGAACUUUGAGCAGGUCCUCAAACGGCACGUUAAGAUUGUCAGUAUUUACUCGAAACACUGAAGAUCUUAAUUUCCAUCAGGAAGGUGCUGGUCCCUCCUGAAUUCUGUUUUUGUAUUUAUAAAGCUGCUAAAUAAAUAAUUUACACUG